CCAGCAGGCAGCGCCGGAUGCAUCCAUUGUUAGACGGACUCGGGUCAUCGGCUAGGUGGGCGUCGCCCAAACGGCGCUCCACUGACCUCCAUAAAGGCCGUGCACACAGGUGGAAUAUCCGUCGUGUCUUCUGUGGUGCGAUCUGGAUCAAGUGUACACUUCAGGUGCGAACCUGCAACAAAUGGUUAACCACGGAGAUAAGAGCGGGGCGAUAAGAAUGAUGAAGUGGAGCGUGAACAGGUCACCCGAUGACGGCCCGGUGUUGCCACAUCAAACACUGGUGUUCUGUAAACACCCGUCGACUGCAGCAGGACAGCGUUCCCUCCAAGCACGUCCUCCGGCAUGCAGCUGUAACGUGGAGCCGUAACGCACCCCGACUUGUGCGCCGUUGCGGAUCGUCUUGUUAGGGUUUUCUUCUCUGAGGGGGACGGUCAGGAAGGAUGAAGCGCUCCUGUGUGAAGCACCUGAAAACUCUGGUGAUAAGUCUCAACUUCCUGUGCUGGCUGUGCGCCGCCUUCACGGUGGCCUUGGGCGAGUUCCAGAUGAUCAACUCCAAGUUCUCCUCCCUCAUCACCACCUUCUGGCCCAUCUUUCCCGCCAACACCGUGGUGGCCACCGGCACCAUCAUUUGCUGCGUGUGUUACCUGGGAGUGAUGGGGGCCAUGAAGGAGAACCGCUGCAUGCUCGUCAACUUCUUCGUCCUGUUGUUCAUCCUGAUGCUGGUGGAGUUGGCCAUGGCCUGUGUCUUCCUGGUCUACAGCAGAGAGAUCCACACGUACUUUGAAGAAGACCUGACGCGGAGCCUGGAGAUCUACAGAGAGUCGGGCUCAGAGAUCAACACCACCCUCAAAGAAGACUUCGAUGCCGUCCAGCACCUGUUCAGGUGCUGUGGAGUCCACGGUGUGGCAGACUGGAAAGGGGACGUGCCCAUCUCCUGUUGUAGGAAGGACCCCUGUGACCUCUUCACGCGCACCUACUGGGAAGAGGGUUGUCUGGUGAAACUGAGGGACUGGUUUUCAGGAAACUAUCGCAGCACAGGCGCCGGCGUCGCCGCCAUGUUCAUCCUGCAGUUUAUCUGUCUGUCCAUCACCGUCCCCCUCUUUUGCCUCCUCAGUCGACAGGGUUUGGGUUACAAGUGAAGCCAAUUGAAUCCGACCUCCUGUAUGUUGGCACGAUGCUGCUCCCCGUGUCACCUGUUUAUUAUUCCGCCCCAAAAAGAAACGGUCCUUCUUUGACAGCCGCCCAUCAUCACUAUUGACUUUGUCCUGUGAUGUGAAUAAGAUGGAUGACAUGAUUCCUCAAAGCCCCCCGGAGGUCUGUUUCCCCAUGACUAUAGAUGACGUGAACUACUUUGUGGCACCUGCCCUUCCCAGUUCGUUCAACUUUGAAAGACAAACUGGUGUCGGACCGUAAGACUUUUUAACCUUAUUCAUUGAGUUUUCAAUAUUUUCCUCCAUUUUUUUAAAAUAGUUUUUUGAUUUCAAGAUAUUCGGUUAAUAAUAUGCCUGCGGUUCCAGACCCAUCUGGUUCCACUUAUCCAAUGUCUUAAUUCUUUGUUCAGACUUUGGUCUCUAAAUCCAAGCUUGGAUGACCAGUAUUUAAAAUAAACCUAAAAAAAUGUGCUUGUAACAGCAUUUUUAAAAUUAAUUGCUUCGUUUUUCGGGUGAUUCUGAUUCUUCUGAAAUAUCGGCCGCUUCCUGCUGUGCGAGGAAGCCACAAUAAUAAUCCUUGCCAUUGCUGUUUUAGGAAUUAAAAUCACAAACCACUUGGUAAGAUGUUAAUGUGUGAGGUAGCUUAACUGGUAUAUAUUAUGUAAUUUUUAUUUCUUUUUAAAAUGGAAACAUUAGUCAACAGAUUUUCAUAAUUUGUAAUAACACAGCAAUAGCCAAUGAGCUAUGAGCGAAGUUUAGACAUUUACUUAUCUGUGUAUCAGUCUGUAUUACAGCCCAUGUUCUGUAUCGAGUUGAGAGUAAAACGUGAUUAAGUCAGUAAAGUUUUUUAUCGUAAAAAUAC